GUUGUCUAAAGAGAGGAAAGUCUACUCUCAGAGUCUCAGUUUCAACGUCAAAGAUGAAGGCCAUAGUGGUAACCAGUCCCGGUGGGCCGGAAGUGCUGCAAGUUAAAGAGGUAGAAGAUCCGGAACUCAGAGACGAUGAGGUUCUGAUCGAGGUCGCGGCCACGGCGCUGAACCGGGCCGACACGUUUCAGAGGAAAGGCACGUACCCACCCCCCAAGGGUGCGAGUGAGUACCUUGGUCUCGAAUGUUCCGGGAUCAUCAAGGCCGUCGGAGAAAGAGUUUCGCGCUGGAAGGUUGGGGAUCAGGUUUGUGCUCUUCUUAGUGGAGGGGGUUAUGCAGAAAAGGUUGCUGUUCCCGCUGGACAAGUUUUUCCUGUCCCACAAGGUGUUUCGUUGAAGGAUGCUGCUGGCUUCCCUGAAGUGGCAAGCACUGUUUGGUCUACUGUUUUUAUGAUGAGUCGUCUAUCUGCUGGGGAAACAUUUUUGGUUCAUGGAGGCUCCAGCGGUAUUGGUACAUUUGCAAUUCAGAUAGCUAAAUACCAAGGAGCAAGAGUGUUUGUCACAGCAGGGAGUGAGGAAAAAUUAGCUUUUUGCAAGAAACUUGGAGCUGAUGUGUGCAUCAAUUACAAGACAGAGGAUUUUGUUAAACGGGUGAAGGAAGAAACAGAUGGAAAAGGCGUUGAUGUUAUUCUGGAUCAUAUUGGAGCAUCCUACUUAAAGCGAAACAUUGAGAGCUUAAAUGUUGAUGGGAGGCUUUUUAUUAUUGGCACUAUGGGUGGUUCAGAAGCAAAUAUCGAUCUCCGUGUUCUCCUUGCAAGGCGCCUCACAGUGCAAUCGGCUGGGUUGCGAUACAGAAGUCCGGAAAACAAAGCAGUGAUUGUUAAUCAAGUUGAGAAGGUUGUUUGGCCUGCAAUUGUGGCAGGCAAGGUGAAGCCAGUGGUGUACAAGUCUUUUCCAUUUUCUGAAGCAGCAGACGCUCACCGGCUCAUGGAAAGCAACAACCAUAUUGGAAAGAUACUGCUUGUUCCAUGAUGCUGCGGAUGAUCUGUGAUUCAAGUGGAUGAAUUUAUUUUAGCCCAGGUGUGCUUAACUAGGAUUUUGGAAGAAGUUAUCUUGCAUAUAUGGUGUGUUAACGCUUGCAAUUUGGGAAUAAAGCCCGCCUAAUUGAUCUUGGACA